UAAUAAAUGCCCAUGUAGUGCAGGAGAAAGAUUGAAAAGAAAGAAGAUAUAAAAGAUUCAGGGGUUUCUCUCUGAAUGAAAAAUAGGAAAAAACAAUAAUUUAAAAAAAAAAAUUGUGGAGGGAGCUUCUGUAUCUUGUUAAAAAAAAUUGUUUCUUUUUUUCUUUCUUUUGCCAGGAAAAUUUGCAUGUUUGCACUCUCUUAAAGAUAGCUUAUUAAGGUAUAUUAGGAAUUAGAAUAAUAUGGCAGUUGGAGGAGGGAUUAGUGCCGGAAAUGGGAAGCAAUAUGAGGGACGUGUUACGCCCUUUGUUGUUGUUGCAUGUCUUGUAGCCGCCACUGGUGGGCUAAUUUUUGGUUACGACAUUGGUAUCUCAGGAGGAGUUACAUCCAUGGAUGAAUUUUUGCAAAAAUUCUUCCCAACUGUGUAUGCUAAGCAGAAGAACGCGACGGGCCACGAGAGUCAGUACUGCAAAUUUGAGAACCACAUGUUGACCCUUUUCACAUCAUCUCUUUACCUGGCGGCCCUUAUUGCUUCAUUCUUCGCCUCGGCGACCACCAGAAAGUUUGGGAGGAAAAUAUCCAUGACGAUAGGUGGUGUGGUCUUUUUGAUUGGUGCCAUUCUCAAUGGUGCUGCUAUGAAUGUGGCAAUGUUGAUCAUUGGUCGAAUCUUGCUUGGUGUUGGCAUCGGCUAUGCCAAUCAGUCGGUCCCUGUCUACCUAUCUGAGAUGGCGCCGCCAAAGCUAAGAGGAGCCCUCAAUAUUGGUUUCCAGAUGGCUACCACCAUUGGCAUCUUUGCGGCUAACCUGGUAAACUAUGGAACUGCACAGAUGAAGGAAAAUGGUUGGAGAGUUUCCUUGGCGCUUGCAGCUGCCCCAGCUUUAAUUAUGACUAUAGGUGCAAUCUUCUUGCCCGAUACUCCCAACUCCUUGAUUGAAAGAGGCUUGAAAGACCAAGCUAAAGAGAUGCUGCAAAAAAUUAGGGGCACACCGAAUGUGCACGAUGAGUUCAGUGACCUAGUGGAUGCUAGUGCUGUCUCACAACAAGUUCGACAUCCAUGGAAGACCAUUCUCGAGCCAAAAUACAGGCCGCAGUUGAUUAUCACAUGUUUGAUCCCAUUGUUCCAGCAGUUGACUGGCAUCAACGUGAUCAUGUUCUAUGCUCCAGUGCUUUUCAAAACACUCGGAUUUGAGGAUGAUGCAUCAUUGAUGUCGGCUGUUGUCACAGGACUUGUUAACGUGUUUGCCACUGUGGUUUCGAUUUUGGUGGUCGACAGGUUUGGGAGGCGGGUCUUGUUUUUGGAAGGUGGGAUACAGAUGCUUGCCUGUCAGAUAGGGGUGGGUGUAUUGAUCGCCUCUGUGUUUGGCGUCUCAGGAAACGGGACAUUUAGCAAAGGAUUGGGGAAUUUGGCGCUAGCCCUGAUCUGCAUUUAUGUGGCGGCAUUUGCAUGGUCUUGGGGGCCGUUGGGGUGGUUGGUGCCAAGUGAAAUCCAUCCUAUGGAAAUAAGAUCGGCAGGACAAUCUAUUAACGUGUCUGUCAACAUGUUCUUUACAUUUGUGAUUGGACAACUUUUCCUCUCCAUGCUUUGCCAUAUGAAAUUUGGGCUUUUCUUCUUCUUUGGGGGAUGGGUGUUGUUAAUGACCGCUUUCGUCUACUUUUUUGUGCCGGAGACGAGGAACGUGCCAAUUGAAGAGAUGAAUAGAGUGUGGAAGGCUCAUUGGUUUUGGGGAAAAUACAUUCCAGAUGAUGCUGUUGGCCUUAGCCACAAGAGCAGUGAUCAUGAUGCUUGAUUGAAAUUUGCAGCCACAACCACACAUGUAUAUUUAUUGACCCUUUUGUUUACAAGAGUAAUUAAGGGUAUAACUUGUAAACAUUUUCUAUAAUUUUAGGCAGGAAAAGGACGGUUUUUGACCUCCCUUAUUCAUUUCCUUUUUUUGAAGUUGUACUCUUUUUACUUUUAUGAUCAAUUAUUUUUUUUUAA